AUGGGUCACGAGGAUGCUGUCUACCUGGCCAAGCUCGCCGAGCAGGCUGAGCGCUAUGAGGAGAUGGUCGAGAACAUGAAGAUCGUUGCCUCCGAGGACCGUGAUCUGACCGUCGAGGAGCGAAACCUGCUCUCCGUCGCCUACAAGAACGUCAUCGGCGCCCGCCGUGCCUCGUGGAGAAUCGUCACGUCUAUUGAGCAGAAGGAGGAGUCCAAGGGCAACAGCACCCAGGUGACGCUGAUCAAGGAGUACCGUCAGAAGAUCGAGGCCGAGCUCGCCAAGAUCUGCGAGGAUAUUCUGGAGGUCCUGGAUCAGCACCUGAUCCCCUCCGCUAAGACCGGAGAGUCCAAGGUCUUCUACCACAAGAUGAAGGGCGACUACCACCGCUACCUCGCCGAGUUCGCCAUCGGUGACAAGCGCAAGGACUCUGCCGACAAGUCCCUGGAGGCCUACAAGGCUGCUACCGAGGUCGCUCAGACUGAGCUGCCCCCCACACACCCCAUCCGCCUGGGUCUUGCCCUGAACUUCUCCGUCUUCUACUACGAGAUCUUGAACGCUCCCGACCAGGCCUGCCACCUGGCCAAGCAGGCCUUCGAUGACGCCAUUGCUGAGCUCGACACGCUGUCUGAGGAGAGCUACAAGGACUCUACCCUCAUCAUGCAGCUGCUCCGCGACAACCUGACGCUCUGGACCUCGUCCGAUGCUGAGGCCGCCCCUGCCGCGUCGAAUGCUCCCGCCGAGGCUCCUGCGGCCGCGGCCGAGGAGAAGCCCGCAGAGCCUGCCCCCGAGGAGCCUAAGGCUGCCGAGUAA